AUGGCGGCGAGUCAGGGAGGCGGUGGGAACAGUGGGGGCGGCGGCUGCGGUGGAGGUGGAAGUGGCGGUGGCGGUGGCGCGGCUGGAGGAGGAGGAGGUGGUAGUGGCGGAGGAGGUGGCGGGCCUGGGGCGGGAGGAGGUGGCGGCUGUGGCGGGACCGUGGCGGUGCCCAUCCCGGUACCGACUCUUUUUGGUCAGCCGUUCCCCAAUGGGCCGCAGUGGCACCCGGGGAGCUUGCAGCCUCAGCACACGGUGAGGAGCCUGGACCGGGCCCUGGAGGAGGCAGGGAAUUCUGGCAUCCUGAGCCUCAGUGGCAGGAAACUCAGAGACUUCCCGGGCAGCGGCUACGACCUGACGGACACCACCCAAGCAGAUCUUUCCAGAAAUCGUUUUACAGAAAUCCCUUCAGAUGUGUGGUUGUUUGCACCACUUGAAACAUUAAACCUAUAUCAUAACUGCAUCAAAACCAUUCCUGAAGCCAUAAAGAAUUUGCAGAUGUUGACAUACCUUAACAUUAGCCGAAAUCUUUUAUCAACAUUGCCAAAAUACCUAUUUGACCUUCCUCUUAAAGUUUUGGUUGUCAGCAAUAAUAAACUGGUGUCCAUUCCAGAAGAAAUUGGAAAAUUAAAAGAUUUGAUGGAAUUGGACAUUAGCUGCAAUGAGAUUCAGGUCCUUCCCCAACAAAUGGGAAAAUUACAUUCACUUAAAGAGCUAAAUAUAAGGAGAAAUAACCUUCAUGUUUUGCCAGAUGAAUUAGGAGCUCUCCCCUUAGUGAAGUUGGAUUUCUCCUGUAAUAAAGUGACUGAAAUUCCUGUUUGCUAUAGGAAGCUGCAUCAUUUACAAGUAAUCAUUUUGGAUAACAAUCCACUGCAAGUCCCACCAGCACAGAUAUGCUUAAAGGGCAAAGUGCACAUAUUUAAGUACUUAAAUAUACAAGCGUGUUGUAGAAUGGAUAAGAAACCAGAUUCCCUGGAUCUUCCAUCACUGAGUAAAAGAAUGCCUUCUCAGCCUCUCACAGACAGUAUGGAAGAUUUUUAUCCAAAUAAAAAUCAUGGCCCUGACUCUGGAAUUGGAAGUGAUAAUGGAGAGAAGCGAUUGUCUACAACAGAACCAUCAGAUGAUGACACAAUCAGCCUUCACUCUCAAGUCUCAGAAUCAAAUAGAGAGCAAACAUCAAGAAAUGAGAGUCAUGUAAUAGGAAGCAAGCCUGAUUCUCAGAAAGACCAGGAGGUGUAUGAUUUUAUUGAUCCCAGCACAGAAGAUGUAGCAGUCCCAGAACAAGGAGAUACACAUAUUGGAUCAUUUGUUUCUUUCCUUAAGGGAAAAGAAAAGUGCUCUGAAAAAUCUCAGAAAACUGAAGAACUGGGAAAUGAAAAAAAACUUGACAAAGAACAGUUACUUCCAGAAGAAGAAGAUGAUGAUUUGAAAGAAGUAACUGAUUUGAGGAAGAUAGCUGCUCAGUUAUUGAAGCAAGAACAGAAGAACAGAUGGAGGCCUUUAAGUUAUAGAACAUCAUUCAGUGACAAACUCUUCCAGAGGACCAGAGCAGCAGGACGGAAAUCAAGGAUUCUUAAUCAUUCAACUUCUGUCAUGAGAAAUAAGCUGAAACAAACUGUGGAAUGUGAAAAGAGUGUCCCAGCAGAUGAAGGACAUUCCCCAUUAUCACCCCUUGCAUGGCAGCCAUUAGAAAAUCAGAAGGAUCAAAUUGUUGAUCAACAGUGGCCAGAAUCUCAGCCUAUAAUCUGGCAAAAUGAAGAGAGGAGACGGAGCAAGCAGAUCAGAAAAGAAUAUUUCAAGUAUAAAUCAGCAAGGAAGAAUUCAAGCAGCAAUGAAAAUGAGGAGCAAGAGAGUGAUAAUGCUCAUAUGUCACCACAGUCUCCGGUAUCAUCUGAGGAAUAUGACAGGACUGAUGGCUUUUCACAUGGUCCCUUUGGCUUGAAGCCUAGAUCAGCCUUUAGUCGUGCAUCUCGUCAGGAAUACGGGGCAGCAGAUCCAGGAUUUACAAUGAGAAGAAAGAUGGAGCAUCUACGGGAAGAACGUGAACAGAUAAGGCAGCUUCGCAAUAAUCUUGAAUCCAGAUUAAAAGUCAUUUUGCCUGAUGACAUAGGAGCUGCACUGAUGGAUGGGGUUGUUCUUUGCCAUUUGGCCAAUCACAUACGGCCACGCUCUGUAGCUAGUAUUCACGUACCGUCACCAGCAGUGCCCAAGCUGAGCAUGGCAAAAUGUCGAAGAAAUGUAGAAAAUUUUCUUGAUGCUUGCAAAAAGUUGGGUGUUUCGCAGGAGAGACUCUGCUUGCCUCACCAUAUUUUGGAAGAACGAGGUCUUGUGAAAGUUGGUGUCACAGUUCAGGCACUCCUUGAAUUACCUACCACCAAGGCAUCUCAACUUUCUAUGGCUUGAUGUGACAUUAAAACAAUUAUACGUGUAUAAUUUCAUGUAUUUGAAAUGAUUUCAGAUAUCUCAAAAUUAUGAAGAAGAAUGUCCAGUAAAAACAGUUUGCCUUAGGUUUCUUUUUUUAAAAUUACCUUAAGAUAUCAGACGUAAACUCAGAGUUGUCCAAGCAAUAUUUGGAGGAAAAUUGGAUUAGUUUAAUCAGAGUUUUGAUAAUUUAAAAUUCUCCUUGUUUUUAUGUCAUUCAAUAACUGUGACUAAUUUUCAGAAUGCAAAUUGAUACAAAAUUGAAAAUGUGCUUUCAAUUUAGCAGUCACAUAUAUUAAGUUGAAUAUUUUUUACAUUGCUGUAUACUAGUGAACAUCUGGGUAAAAGUAAUCAUAUUUUAGGAAAACAAUUAUAUAUUUGAGUUAUUUCAUAUACUUCAAGUUUAUACGCAAUCUCUUCAAUAUUUUGUCUUUGUUUCCUAGGAAAAAAUGAGUAGUAAAUUACAAAAACCUGGCAUUAUUUAAUUCUUUUAGUAUUAUCAGUUGGUGCCAAAAUAUUUUCAGUUAUACUGUAGGUUGUUUACAUGUGAAGUGCCUGUGUAAUUGAUGAAUCUUAAAAUAGUCUUAAGCAUUUUUGCAAUUUCUUUUUAUGUAUUAAUAGAAUCAAUGGAAUUUUUAAAAUAUUUUGGUAGGUUUUGUACGGUCAGUAAUAAGUGAGGAUUUAAAUGUGCCUCACAUUGGUGGUUUCUUAGUUAAUCACAUUGCAGUUUUCCUUGAAUUGGUUAGCUCACAUUGUCAAAAAUGUUAAUAUGCUUAAUUUAUGAUAUUUAAUUUUGCAAAACCAUAAUCAUCUUUUAAAUUGUUUUAUUUGAAGAGUAUUUUAUUGUUAUGUUGAAAACGUUACACAAAGGAGUAAGGCUUUGGAGAGCUAGGGAAGAACUAAUUGUCAAGGACAUUUGGAAGCAACUGCUAGUGCUUGGAUUUGUAUCUCAACUUACUGGAACAUUAAGUACAUUUUCAGAGAGUGGCCAUUAAGAAAUAGGUUUUGAUU